AUGCGGCUCCUGCCGCUGCUCUUGCUGCUGCUGGCGGGCGAGCGCGGGGAGCGCCAGGGGGCCCGCCAGGUCGCCUCCUGCCCGCAACAGCAACAGCCCCCGCGACGGCUGAGCGGGCGCGACAAGCGGGAAAUGCAGCGGGAGAUCCUGGCCCUGCUAGGCUUGCCGGGACGCGCCGGGACCCGCCACUCGCCGCCGCCUCACCCCUCCGCCGCGCCCCUCUUCAUGCUGGACUUGUACAGGGCUAUGGCUAGCCAGGACGACGACGACGACGCACCCAGUUGGGCGCCGCAGCGGAGGGUGCUGGACGGCGCGGACACCGUCAUGAGCUUCGUCAACGUGGUUGAAGUGGACAGAGGUAUCUUCUAUCAAAAGCCAUACUGGAAGGAGUUCAGGUUUGACUUAACGCAAAUCCCAACGGCGGAGUCUGUAACGGCAGCUGAGUUCCGCAUUUACAAGAUGCAGAGUGUCAUUCGCCACGUCAAUCAGACCCUGCACAUCAGCAUUUAUGAGAUCGUUCAAGAUCACCCCAACAGAGAAUCGGAAUUGCUCCUUUUGGAUCUGCAGGAUUUUCUGGCUGGGAUGGAGGGCUGGCUGGCUUUUGAUGUCGCAGCUGCCAGUAAUCACUGGCUGUUGAACCGCAAAUACAACCUGGCCUUGAGACUUUAUGUUGAAACGGAGGAUGGGCAGAGCGUCGAUCCUGCAUUGGCAGGCCUCUUGGGUCGCCACGGGCCCCGUUCCAAGCAGCCCUUCAUGGUGACCUUCUUCCGGGCAAGCCAAAGCCAAGCCAGAGCUCCUCGAGCUGUCAGGCAUCUGAGGAAGAAGCAGCCCAAGAAGACAAACAGCUUCCCACACGCGAACAGACUUCCAGGGACAUUUGAUGACAUUCAACCUUCUGAAGGGAAGCACGUAUGCAGGAGAGAAGAGUUGUACGUCAGUUUUCAAGACCUUGGAUGGCUGAACUGGGUGAUUGCCCCCCAGGGCUACUCAGCCUUCUACUGCCAAGGAGACUGCGCUUUCCCUCUGGAUUCCUGCAUGAACGCCACCAACCACGCCAUCCUCCAAUCCCUGGUCCACUUGAUGAAGCCAGACACCGUCCCCAAGGCUUGCUGCGCCCCCACCAAACUCAGCGCUACGUCCGUGCUCUAUUACGACAGCAACAACAACGUCAUCCUCAAGAAACACCGCAACAUGGUGGUGAAGACGUGCGGCUGCCUCUGAUAUCGGGGGAGACCCUAGGGUUGCCAACCUCCAGGUGGGGCUGGGAAAUCUCCCAGUAUUAAACUGAUCGUCAGAGAUCAAUUCCCCUGGAGAAAAAUGACUGCUUUGGAGGGUGGACUCUACGGCACUAUACCUCCACCCACAAAUCUCCCAACCUGGAGCUGACCAUUCUCAGGUGGUCAUAGGCAUGGCCGGGGGUGGGAGGGGGGAGC